GGAGGAGGAGCUCUUUCAGUCUUCUCUGGCUGCCUGUCUCAGAGCUGUGUGGAUUUUCUCCUGCUAAGAAUCACUAUGAGGGUUUUGUGCUUGCUUGCUGUGUUUCUCCUCAUCACUAAAGACCAUAAAAGUUUUGGCAUCUCUCAUCCCAAACCAGCCUGCCGUUAUCCACCAUCUCAGUGGUGUUGGUCUCUGGAGAUUGCCAUAGAAUGCAAGGUCCAGAAGCAAUGCAUGGAGCUUAGUGCCAUUAAGCCAAACCAGACUGUUCCUCCUGUAGCCCUCACUCUGUACUACGAGAGCCUAUGUCCAGAUUGCAGAGCCUUCAUCACCCAACAGCUGUUCCCCACCUGGACAAUGCUGCAGGACAUCAUGUCCCUCACACUGGUUCCUUACGGGAAUGCCAAGGAAGUUUUAUCUGCAAACGGUCCCUUCAGCUGUCAACAUGGAGAGCCUGAAUGCAGAGGAAACAUGAUUGAGGCCUGCAUCAUCCAUUUGACUGGAACCUCCCUGGCAUUUCAAAUAAUCUACUGCAUGGAGUCUGCUUCAAAUGUCCUCAAUGCUGCAGAGCCUUGUCUCCAGAUGUAUACUCCCUCCAUGUCCUGGGCCACCGUUGACGCAUGCGUGACCGGACGUCUGGGUUACGAGCUGAUGCAUGGCUAUGCUGUCAUGACCAGAGCUUUGAACCCUGCUCACACACAUGUUCCUUGGGUCACAUUUGAUGGGGAGUACACAGAAGAGAAUGAAGCUAGGGCAAUGUCCUCACUGUUUCAUUUGGUCUGUGAGCUCUACAAGGGAGUGAAGCCUCCAGCCUGCACCGGAGCCCCGGUCAAACUAAGCACAAGUGGCUGCUUGAAGGAAUGAAUCCCCUUUAACAUUUCUGCCAUGCAUAAAACUGAUUAAAGGAUAACAUGUUUAAUGUAAAUGGACAUUCGGAUAGUACAAAAUAAUCAUACCCCUUAACAUUUUGUGGUUGCAACAAAAACUUAAGGCUGACACAACAAUUGUGAAGUGAAAUAAACAUGGUCUUAAAAAUGA